AUGCCGGUGGCUGCUCAGUGGGCGGCUGAGGGUAGUAUGCCUGUGGCUGCUGCUCGGUGGGCGGCUGAGGAUGAUAUGCUUGUGGCUGCUCAGCGGGCGGCGGCGGUGACUCCUUCCCCUUCCCCUUUGAUUUUGAUUUCUUUUUGCGACUGUUGCUCGGCGGUGGCCCGGCCAUCUCUUCCGGCUUGCCGUCGCCCAUGA